ACACCCUUCUGGUUCUUUACAUCUUCCAGACUUAUCCUGCCCUUCCUGUUAUCUUCCUUCAACAAAUCUAAACACUUUCCUCAGACCCUUUCACCAACAUCAUAAACAAAAUAAGCCAGAACCAUCAACGUUUCGCAUAUUACAAUUACUCUUGCUUCCAACUUCCAAGUUUCAAGUUUUAACAUAACAAGAAGCCGAGAGCAACUGCUAUUAUGGGUGUGGAUUAUUAUAAGAUAUUGCAGGUUGACAAGAAUGCUACGGAUGAUGAUUUGAAGAAGGCUUAUAGAAAGCUUGCCAUGAAAUGGCAUCCCGAUAAGAACCCAAAUAACAAAAAGGAAGCCGAAGCUAAAUUCAAGCAGAUCUCUGAAGCCUAUGAGGUUCUAAGUGAUUCUCAGAAAAGAGCAGUGUAUGAUCAACAUGGGGAAGAAGGUCUAAAAGGGCAAAUGCCACCACCAGGGGAAGGAGGCCCUGGUGGCGGGGCCACCUUCUUCCAAACGGGGGAUGGUCCAACAAUGUUCAGAUUUAAUCCCAGAAAUGCCAAUGACAUUUUUGCAGAGUUUUUUGGGUUUUCCAGCCCAUUUGGAGGAAUGGGAGGAGGUGGCUGUGGCCAUGGAAUGUCGAGUUUUGGUCGAGUGUUUGGAGAUGAUUUCUUCACUCCUUACAGCGAGGGUCGACCUACCAUGAAUCAGACUCUUCGAAAGGCUCCGCCAAUAGAGAAUAAACUGCCUUGUAGCCUUGAGGAGCUUUAUAAGGGGACUACCAAAAAGAUGAAGAUAUCUAGAGAAAUUGCUGAUGCAAGCGGGAAGACAAUGCCAGUAGAGGAGAUUCUAACUAUUGACAUAAAGCCUGGCUGGAAAAAGGGUACGAAAAUUACCUUCCCUGAGAAAGGAAACGAGCAACCAUAUUUAACUCCAGCAGAUCUUGUAUUCAUUAUUGAUGAAAAACCUCAUAGCACGUUUACCCGGGAAGGCAAUGAUCUGGUAGUCACACAAAGGAUAUCUCUUGCAGAAGCACUGACGGGCUACACAGUUCGUCUCACAGCCUUGGAUGGAAGGAACCUUACCAUUCCAAUCACCAUUGUCAUUCAUCCCACCUAUGAAGAGGUGGUUCCAAACGAAGGUAUGCCCCUGCCCAAAGAACCCUCAAGGAAGGGCAACCUGAGAAUUAAGUUCAACAUCAAAUUUCCGGCCAGGUUAACUGCUGACCAGAAAACCGGUAUCAAGAAACUUCUGGCUCCGUAAACUUGGACUGAAGUGAAAAAUGCUCAAUGUGGUAGCAAGAUAUUGUGAAUAUGGUUUUUGAGAUUGCUGUGAUGUAUUGUUAGCUUGUGUUGUAUGGUUUAACCAAUACAUUGAUUGGGAAAAAUAAUAAUGCCUUAGUUGAUUUUA